AUGAAUUCUGUCCAUCCUCCCGUGUUAGUAGUAGGCGCUGGGCCAGUGGGUCUGGUAGCAGCGUUGACGCUCCUCCAGAACGGUAUCUCAGUUCGUAUCAUCGAUAAGGACCCCCACCAUCGCAUCGGACAGCGUGGUGCUGGAAUAUGGCCGCGCUCCCUCGAACUCUACAACUUCUUGGACGUUCCAGAAGUCAAUGGUUUGGGAAAACCAGCCCCUCCCGUCCGUUCAUACAAGCCCGGGACCUUGGAACCUCUAAAGGACUCAUCGAUGGUCCCGCCUAUGGAACCUACUCCAGCAAUACCAUUCCAUACCCCCAAAAUGAUGGGUCAACAGCUCCUAGAUGUGAUUCUGCGACGCCACCUAGAGAAGUUCUCUUGUUCUGUCGAGAUGGGCACCGAACUGCGCUCGUUCGAGCAGUCCGAUGAGGGCGUCACCGCUGUUUUGGCAAACAACGGCAUAUCAGAGACUUUUGAUACCAAGUGGAUCAUCGGCGCUGAUGGUGCUAAAGGCGUCGUGCGCAAGCAACUUGAGCUCGCAUUUUUGGGCGAGACUAGAGACGAUACCCGGAUUGUGACUGGAGAUAUCCGUUUGACGGGCGUUAACCUCGAUAGAGUGCAUUGGCACCGAUUUGGACACUUGAGUACACGAGGCGUCACAUUGCGUCCAACAGACGAAGUUGGCAAAGACGGCUGGCAAUUCUUCCUCUACGGCCACGAACUAGACAUACCGAAGAUUGCUCAGAGCGAAGAGCUUGUUUUCGAGACCAUCGCGUCGUUAAUACCAACGGAGAUUACAUUCAACAAGGUGGUUUGGAUGAGCGAGUUCCGGGCCAAUAUCCGGAUGGUGAAUAAGUUUAGCGAGGGUCGAGUGUUCGUUGCGGGUGAUGCUGCACACGUCCACAGCCCAACUGGUGGUCAGGGACUCAAUUCAGGUGUACAAGAUGCAGUGAGUCAGGUAGAUGUAGCAUGUGUGUUACAACUAAUCGCGCACCAGUUCAAUCUAGGAUGGAAACUUGCGCUCGUUCAGAAAGGCUUGGCUGACAAAUCUCUUCUCGAGACAUACAGCGCCGAGCGUCUGCCUGUGAUCUCCGAGAUGCUCGGGGUGACCACCUCAAUUCUCAAUAAGGCAAUGUCGUCUGGAGACCCGUCGGACGGACGAAGUCCCAUCCUCUACAUGCUCGGCAUCAACUGUCGAUUCAGCACCAUCGUGCUCGAUGAAUUUGUAACUUCAGUCGAGGGGAGGCCUAUCAACGCAUACGGAGUGCUUGACGAGGGGCAUCUGGAGGCUGGGGACAGGGCGCCUGAUGCGCCCAACAUGUUGCAGGUGGGGCGCGCAGAGCCUGACGAGACAACGCUUUUUGGUUUGUACAGACCCUGGUACCACACAGUGCUCGUAUUUGCGCCGAGUCUCACUGAUGCCACCCCGAUCUUGGGUGCCCUGGAGGCAUACGAUAAAAGUGUCGUACGAUCGGCAGUCGUUCUGCCAUCAUCAGCAUCAGUGACGCCUGUCGCAUCUCCUGCUGACCUCGUACUUGUUGAUCGGGAGGGCUAUGCUCAUUCGGCUUACCUCAUGGAAGCUGACCAGACGAAGGUGUUUGUGAUUCGGCCGGACGGAGUGGUUGGGGCGAUCGUUCAUGGUGCAGAAGGCGUAAAGAAGUAUUUCUCAAAAAUAUUUUUGAACGCGUAGUGACCCGAAUUUUCGUUCUUCACUUACGACUUCUACAAGCACAACUACAUUCCUGUAUACCCCAUGCAACGUAGCGUAUCGCAUUUGUAACU